AUGGGCAGCAGCAGAAGGAAGGUCAUCUGGGUCCUGUGCUCAUUGCUGCUGCUCCUUGAAGCCAGUUCUGCCAAGAACAUUUGGAAACGGGCAUUGCAUGCGAGGCUGGCUGAGAAACCCCACAUUGCUUAUGUCGAUGGUAUCCGUAUGGUGGAAACAGUAGAUAUUGAGGAACUAUUGCUUCUCCUCAUUCAGCACCCUCCGGUUCCAUGGGCUUUAAUAACUGAAUGUGGCUCAGAGGUUAGCCCCAACCUCUCCUCCCAAGGCCAAAGCAAGAGCGACCACAGUGGUUUUUUUUUUUUCCUUUGGAGUGAGAUCACAGCCCUUAAAGAUGCUCCUAAUUACAGUCUCCGGAGCGUUAGAGCACUGCCUCCUGUUCAGAGACUGGGCAGGCACUCAGGACCAGGAGGCUCCUACAAGGCCCUUUAUAAGAGAGACGACCUGGCGCCCCCUCCUGUUGUAGAUUGGCUGGUCGAGCCGAAACCUCGAUGGCUUGGUGGCAACGGCUGGCUCCUGGAUGGCCCUGAGGAGGUGUUACAAGCAGAGACCUGCAGCACCACAGAGGAUGGGGCGGAGCCACUCCUCUGUCCCUCAGGCUACGAGUGCCACAUCCUGAGCCCGGGGGACAUGGCCAAGGGCAUCCCCAACCGCGGGCAGUGCGUCAAGCAGGGCCCAGCAGAAGAGCCGCUCCGAAGACAUACAGCUCACAAAAAAUAUCCAGCUGAUUUGAAAGAACAUUCCUCACUUUCUGCUAAGCCUUGGACACAGUGGUAUAAGAAUGCUUUGACCCUCAGAGGUCAUGCCCAGCUCAGCAGAGCAUAACCCCAGAGAUACCGAGAGACAGGACACCCGGCUCUCACCCCCAGUGCCCUCCCUGGCUGGGUGACGGUGGGAGCCGCUGACCAGCGCCGGGUCCUGUUCUGUCAUCUUGGAAAUGCAGCUCCACAGAUGCUACCGGGGAAGCAGGCACUGCCUUGUGAGCACGUGCGAAGCUCCUUCCUAAGUCAGAGUUCCGUGUCGUGUAAUUUACAGCCUUAGCCCAGGUCUGACUCUGGUGGGCACGCACCCAGCCCUCCCAGAAUCUCAGAAUAUAGCCCCGUUCUCCAAGUACAUUCGCUCAUCAUAAAAUGAAGAUGAACUUA